AUGACAUGCAACCCAUCAUGGAGAGAAAUUGUAGACGAGUUAUUGCCAGGUCAAACAGCACAAGAUCGUCCCGACUUGAUCACCAGAAUAUUCCAUGCAAAAUUUGAGGAAUUCAAGAUGGACGUUGUAGAAAAAGGCGCUCUUGGGAAGGUUAUUGCCUAUGUCUAUGUCAUUGAGUUUCAAAAAAGAGGCUUGCCACAUGUUCACAUGCUGCUCAUUUUGGACGAAAUAGAUAAACCAAAAUCUCCGGAACAGUAUGACACAUUUGUGAGAGCCGAGAUACCUGAGAGAGAUGAAGAACCACGAUUAUACGAUGUUGUUUUGAAGCAUAUGAUCCAUAAUCCGUGUGGUGAAGGUCGUCGAAAUUCUUCUUGCAUGGAAAAUGGGGUUUGUAAACGUAAAUUUCCUAAACCCUUUGUAGUAAGUACAGUCCAAGGCAAGAACUCAUAUCCUAUUUAUCGUCGUCAUGGUGAUCGUCCUCCUGUACCUUUACAUGAGAAUAGUGCAACCUUCGUUGAUAAUGGUUGGGUUGUUCCAUAUAAUUCAUGGUUGCCAUUAAAAUAUGAUUGUCAUGUCAACGUAGAGAUCUGUAGUAGCAUCAAGAGCGUCAAAUAUUUGUACAAGUAUGUGCAUAAGGGUGUAGAUCGUGUUUCAAUGGAAGUUCGAGCAGGGGCUGAAUACAAUGAGAUUCAAACAAUAUGUGGAUGCUAG